GCCCCGGAAAGUUGUUUUGGUUUUGAGGUUAGGUCGCUGUAAAAAGGGGAUUUUUAAACUUUUUUGCACAAUUUUGUAAAUUUAGGCCUUCCCGGCCAUACAAACCCAGAUCGCAAGUCAAAAACCAGAACGGGAUGGAUCAUGCUAGAAAAGUUAAAGUUUUGUACAAAACUAUAUUACGAUUGCACCGAGGACUACCGGCGGCGUUGCAGGAGAUGGGAGAUGGGUAUGUUAAGGAUGAGUUUAAAAGACAUAAGAACUGUUCUCCUCUAGAAAGUGAGCAUUUCAUCAAAGAAUGGGCGGGCUAUGCAUUAAGUUUAGCAGAACAGCUAGGAUUGAAAGGAAAACCACUACCUGUUGGAAUGAUUGGUGAAAACUUGACAGAAGCUCAGUUGGAGCAUUUUCGUGACGAACAGUUAUCGCAGUUGUACGAACUUUUAAAAGAAACCAAGAACCAUUGA